CUUAAUACCUUUCUUCUACUCCAACAAAAAUGACUCCUCCACUCAGCCUCCUGUUUUCGGUCCUCAUAGUUGUCACAAUGACACAACUUGUAACAUUUGUUGUGAGUCAACCACAAGUCCCAUGUUACUUCAUAUUUGGAGACGCAUUGGUCGACAACGGAAAUAACAAUGCACUUCCAACAGUAUCAAAAGCCAACUACCAACCCUACGGGAUUGAUUUCCCACAAGGCGUUACUGGUAGAUUCACAAAUGGUCGAACCAUCGCAGACAUCAUUGGUCAACUUCUAGGUUUUGAUAACUUCAUUCCACCCUUUGCUAACGUAAGCAACCAAGAGAUCAACAUAGGCGUAAACUACGGUAGUGCUGGUGCUGGUAUAAGAGAUGAAACCGGAAGACAUUUGGGUGAUCGUUUCACCUUCAAUAAGCAAAUUCUUAAUCAUGCAACAAUAAUCGCUCGCCUUUCACUCUUACAACGAAACAAGACAUUUACCCAAGAAUACCUUAAAAAAUGCAUUUACGUAUCAAUCAUUGGAAGCGAUGAUUACAUCAACAACUACCUAAUGCCCAAUAAUUACCCCACAAGCCGCAUAUAUACGGUUGAUCAAUAUGCAACUGCUCUCGUGCGACAAUAUUCUCAACAACUAACGGCUUUGUACAAAUUGGGAGCUAGGAAGAUUGCGGUGUUCGGGUUGGGUCCGCUUGGGUGCACCCCAACUGAGAUAGCAAGGUUUGGCACUGGUGGAAAACCAUGUGUGGAUUCGAUCAAUAAUGCGAGUAGUGUAUAUAAUGCUAAGCUUAAGCCUCUUGUUGAUGAGCUGAAUAGUAAUUUCCCAGACGCAAGAUUCACUUUCAUCAACGUAACAAUUAGCCCUUCAGCAUCACAACAAGUUGGUCCUUGUUGUCAAGUACGGGAAGAUGGACAGUGUAUUCCAAACUCAAUUCCUUGCCCCGAUCGUAAUUUAACUAUUUUUUAUGAUGGUCUUCAUCCCACAGAAAUUACAAACAUGGGCAUUGCAUCAAGAUCAUACAAUGCACCUUCUCCCAUGGAUGCGUCUCCGUAUGAUAUUAGUAGUUUGGUUCAACUUUAAUUAGCAUUGAGAACAUGAUUGCAUAAGACAGUGGUUUGCAAUUCUUUGUAUGCAAAUCAAAUAAGAAAUGCUAAUAAGAAUAAGAAUAAGAACAUUGUAUUA